UAAAAAUUAGUUAAAAGAUUCUGGAAUUUUCCCACAAAUUUUUCAAAGCCUUGUCAUUUACAUAUAAAACUGAUUUAUAAAUUAAAAUCAAGCGCCUAAUACUGCUUCUCUUAAUCACAGUUACAUUAAAUUGGGCAGGGGGGCUACUGUCAUUGCAGUUGAUACCGGUCAAGAAGCUCUUAAAAGCCACGAUGGAGGUAGCAAUGCCCCCACCUCAGAUAUAUGUCGAAAAAACUCUGGCCAUUAUCAAACCAGAUAUUGUUGACAAAGAGGAGGAGAUACAAGAUAUUAUUCUCAGAUCUGGAUUCACCAUUGUGCAGAGAAGAAAACUACAUCUCAGCCCUGAACACUGUAGUAAUUUUUAUGUGGAACAGUAUGGGAAAAUGUUCUUCCCAAAUUUAACGGCUUACAUGAGUUCUGGACCACUUGUCGCCAUGAUAUUAGCUAGACAUAAAGCCAUCUCCUACUGGAAAGAGCUUUUGGGACCAAGUAAUAGCUUAGUCGCUAAGGAAACACAUCCAGACAGCUUAAGAGCCAUUUACGGCACAGAUGAUCUGAGAAACGCACUUCAUGGGAGUAAUGACUUUGCUGCAGCAGAAAGAGAAAUUCGAUUCAUGUUUCCUGAAGUGGUAGUCGAGCCAAUCCCAGUUGGACAAGCUGCUAAGGAUUAUCUAAAUCUGUAUGUGAUUCCAACCCUGCUUGAAGGGCUCACAGAGCUUUGUAAGCAAAAGCCGGGAAAUCCUUUUAUUUGGCUAGCUGAUUGGCUGCUGGAAAAUAACCCUAACAAACCUAAGCUUUCUCGCCGGCCAGCUUCAGAAGAACCUUAUUAAAACAAAGUUCUACAAAGAACAAAUGUCAAACUAUAUUAUUAUAAAAAUUAUGUACUUCUA